AUGGUAGUCCAGAGAUGGGGAGAUUUCCAAGUUAACACAUUUCCUCAUAAGGUCGCUGCUGCAUUAGAGGAACUGCACAAUGUUGUUUCAACUGCAAGAGGAAACUUGGUGCAGAAUGUAGCUGUCAAACCAAUCCAACUAGCUAUUGCUGUCAAGAUAACAAAACAGAAGCAGUUCCCUUUUUAUGAGAAAAGCAACACAAAAGAGGGGUACCAGAAGUCACAAUGCAUCUGGCUUAAAUUUGGUGAUAAAAACACUAAAUUUUUCCAUGCUGCAACUGUCAAUAGGAGGAGGCGUAACAAGAUAGUUUCUAUUAAAAAUACUCAUGGGGUUUGGGUUUCGGAUCCGAAGGAGAUGGUGAAUGUUUCUACCAACUUUUUUGAGGAACUUUAUAUACAGGCUACCGAGCCGAAACCAAUAUUACCUAUAUGUGGUGUUUUCCACAGUUUAUAUGAUCAUGCUAUCUUUGAGCUUGGCAGGUUCCCUCAUACGGAGGAAAUCAAGAGAGUCGUCUUCACCAUGGGCAAGUUCCAAGCUCCGGGUCCAAAUGGGUUGCAUGCGGCGUUUCUUCAGACUGAAUGGAAAACAGUAGGGAUGUCUAUUUGCAGACUUAUUUGCGAGGUCUUCCACUCCCCUCACAAAGUUAAAGACAUAAAUCAAACCUUAUUAUGUCUCAUUCCUAAGGUUGAUAGUCUUGAAAACAUGAACCAGUUCAGGCCCAUUAGUCUUGCAAUGUAUAUUACAAAAUUAUCACCAAGAUAA